AUGAAGCCUGAAUUGAUGUCCCAACAGGUCAGAUUAAGAGAUGAUCCUGUGAACCUGCAGGCUGCAGCAGGCUAUGUGUACGCAGACGCAGGAUGCUGGAAAUUGGAGUGGUUCGAGGAACCGAUGCGUUCUCUGCUCUCCAAUGGUCUCCGUUUCUUUUCAGGCAGCAUGCCUUUGGCUGCGCCGCGACGCAGUGCCCGGACUGAUGAGUCCGCUUCCACAUGGCGGCGGGCCGCCGCCAGGUUUUCAGGGAAGGUGUCGCCGGACAUGGCUGGAGAACUGAACUUCUUUUGUGCGUGUUCGUCUUCGUGGUGCUUGAACUCCAGGAGGCAAGAAGGGAGCCCUUUGGACCUGAACAACUUGCCGGAGGAGUACGGCAAGCAAGCGGUGGAGAGCUCCACGACCACCGCCACAUCAAGCGCCGAUGCAGUUCGGAUCAAGAAGAAGAGCGGCGGAGGGAAGGAUGAUGCUGCCAAGGUGUAUGAGUGCCGGUUUUGUUCCCUCAAGUUCUGCAAGUCUCAAGCCCUUGGCGGCCACAUGAACCGGCAUCGUCAAGAGAGGGAAACUGAAACCCUCAACCGUGCCCGGCAACUCGUCUUCGGCAACGAGAGCCUCGCCGCCGUCGGCGCGCAGAUGAGUUUCAGGGAUGUCAAUAUGGGAGGCACUGCCCCAUCGACCAUGCUAGGAGGAGGCUUCCGGGGAGUCGCCACCGGUGGCAGCGGCAUCGGCGACCCGUGCGUCGCGUUCCGGCCGGUUCAUCCGCGGCCGCCGUACCAUUACCUCUACACGGCGGCGCCACCAUCCACACUGCACCCGAUGAGCUACCCGGCGACGUACCCGGGCCCUCCGCGCCAGCCUGCGGUCGGCGACUACGUCAUCGGCCACGCAGUCUCCGCCGGCGACGCACUGAUGCAGCCGCCACACCGCGGCAGCUUCUCCUGCUUCGGAGGCCCACUCUCCGCGCCGCCGGCGGCAACGGCGGCGCCCGCCGUUGCAGCGAACCUGCAGGCCGACAAAGUUAACUGCAACUGCAGCUUCGGCUGCGGCGGCCACAGCAGAAAUAAUAAUGUGAACGCCUCCUCUUGA